CCAUGUUUUGUGGGCGAGCACAUAGUUUGCUUGGCUAAACCUUGACUUUGUUUUGCAGAAACGAGAAUGCGCAGCCCUGAUACUUGCACCUAGGUCUCUACCAUCCGAUUGGCCUAUUAAUGAUAGGAUCAUCAGCAUUGUUGAAGGUUGACCAUUGAGUAAACACAUACAUGUGUAUGUUCGAUUAUCAGCAUGCUAUAUAAGCCUGACUUUCGCGAAGGAACCGCGUCAUAUUAAUUUGUAACACACACAGAGAUGCAACUCAACAUGAGAUUCUGCUUCCUGUCGCUGGCAUUUCUGCUGGCUGCACAGGCCAAACCCACCUUUGAUAAGAUGGCUGAAGUGCUGCUUGGCGUACUGGAUGAUAGUCCGCAUUACCCAAGAGCGGGACCCUAUGGAUCAUACCCACCACCAGCACCGCUCAUACAGGAGGGCUACGAUCAUGGCUAUGAUUACUAUUAUGGCGGCGGCAGUGGACAUGUCCAUGGCAAUGGUGUGGUUGUUGGCAGUCCCUAUUCGCAGCCCCCGCCACCGCCUGCAUACGGCUACUAUCCAAGACCAGCGCAUGGCCCAGUAAAGGGCUACUAUCCGGAACCGCAGUAUCCACAAGGCUAUGCACCCACAGCAGUAAAUUAUCGACAAGGCUAUGGCAGAUCGGGAGCAAUAGGACCUGGAGUUGGCGGCUACAAGCAACAUGGCUAUUAAAAUCAAUUUGCAUUUGAUACAUAUUUUAGAAAUUACUUAAGAUUAAGAGGAUUGUUUUUUAUACAUAAUUUAUUUAUAUGACUGCCAUCUGCUCAAU